AUGGGUUUUCCAUCCAACGGCGCCGAGAAGCCGCUCAAAUUUCUGAUCUACGGCAGGACGGGCUGGAUAGGCGGCCUUCUUGGCAAGCUCUGCGAGGCCCAAUCCAUAGCCUACGAGUACGGCUCCGGCCGCCUCGAGAGCCGCUCCUCGCUCGAGGCCGACAUCGCCGCCAUCAAGCCCACCCACGUCUUCAACGCCGCCGGCGUCACCGGCCGCCCCAACGUCGACUGGUGCGAAUCGCACAAGGUCGAGACCAUCCGCACCAACGUAGUAGGCACCUUGACCCUUGCUGACGUUUGCAGGGAGCGCGGGCUGAUCCUCGUUAACUACGCGACGGGUUGCAUUUUCGAGUACGAUGCGGGUCAUCAGCUCGGGUCCGGCGUCGGGUUCAAGGAGGAGGACACGCCCAACUUUAUCGGAUCUUUCUAUUCCAAGACCAAGGCCAUGGUGGAAGAUCUGCUCAACAAUUUCGAGAAUGUCUGUACUUUGCGUGUUAGAAUGCCGAUUUCAUCUGAUUUAUCCAACCCGCGUAACUUCAUCACGAAGAUCACUCGAUAUGAGAAAGUAGUGGACAUUCCAAACUCCAUGACGAUCUUGGAUGAACUACUUCCCAUUUCGAUUGAGAUGGCGAAGAGAAACCUCACCGGAAUCUAUAACUUCACAAACCCUGGAGUGGUCAGCCACAAUGAGAUCUUGGAGAUGUAUAAGGAAUACAUUGACCCCAGCUUCACAUGGAAGAACUUUACUCUUGAGGAGCAGGCAAAGGUGAUUGUUGCUCCCAGGAGCAACAAUGAGCUCGAUGCCACUAAAUUGAAGCAAGAAUUCCCUGAACUCUUAUCCAUCAAGGAAUCUCUCAUCAAGAAUGUGUUCAAGCCAAAUCAGAAGACUGCCAAAGCUUAA